CCCUGAAACACACCAUUUGAACAGCUGUCCCUGGGUUACAUCUAUCAGGGUAGCUUAUUUUCUUAUCACUCAGCAGCAGUUGUCUUGCACACUGCACAGUAGCAGCUGUUUUGGUUUGAGCAAAGCAAAGCAUGCUGGACCCACAGAGUUUAACGCCCAAAAUGGCGGCACGGUUGAAAAGUUUUCCCUGUUUUAUCUGACUUUUUCCUCCUUAGAGAACACUUUUCUAGUCAUUCCAGCGACACUAAGACACACCACUUCCUCACAGUGAGCACGUCGGCAUUUUUUUUUCACGUGGUGGUGGAAUAGAGCCAAAAACCAGAAUGAUGUUUUCUCUCCACUCAAGUUUUCAGGCAUCACUUUACCACAGCUCGGCUAGGCUAGGCUAAGCUAGGCUAGGCUAUCUACUAGCAAGCUAACUACUGUCAGAUCAGAUGAGAGCUCGUUUUAAGGCUUGACAUGUUUUUGUGCCACACCUGGGACUCGGCGCUGAACUGAAUAUGAAGAGGAGGACCGUCACGUAGACAUGGAGGAAGAUGUGAAGAAAGUGAAGAAGCCUGGUAUCGUGUCUCCGUUCAAGCGAGUCUUCCUGAAAGGAGAGAAGGGGAGAGACAAGAAGGCUCAAGAGAAAGCCACCGAGCGCCGGGCCCUCCGCACCGUCUCGCUCUCUCAGCCGGACCAUCGCAUCGAUCCUGACAUCCUGCUCAAUGACUACAUCGAGAAGGAAGUCAAAUAUUUGGGGCAGCUGACGUCCGUUCCAGGAUACUUGAAUCCUUCAAGUCGCACGGAGGUGCUGCAGCUCAUCGACACUGCGAGGAAGUCCCAUCAGUUGGCGGGCCAGCUGACAUCAGAGCAGGAUGCGGUGGUGAGCUUGUCGGCGUACAACAUAAAGCUGGUGUGGCGUGAUGGAGAGGACAUCAUCCUUAGAGUGCCCAUCCACGACAUCGCUGCUGUCUCCUACAUCAGGGACGACUCUUUGCACCUGGUGGUGAUCAAAACAGCCCAGGAGUCAGGAGGUUCCCCUUGUCCCAGCUCAUGUCCUGAUCUCAACAAGUCUCAGACCCUGAGCUCUCUAUCAGAGAGUGGAGCCGUGCUCGUGGAAGUCUGCUGCCUGCUGGUGCUGGCUGUCGAUAAUAAGGCAGCAGCAGAGGAGCUGUGUCUCUUGCUCAGCCAAGUCUUUCAGAUCGUUUACACAGAAUCAACCAUCGACUUCUUAGACAGAGCCAUUUUUGAUGGAGCGACUACACCUUCCAGACACCUUUCUCUGUACAGUGAUGACUCUUCAAGCAAAGUGGAUGUUAAGGAGGCUUUUGAAGCUGAAGCAGGCACAUUUCCUUUCCAGAGCUCGUUGGAGGCAGAAGAAAACUCUCCAGCUUCCUCCCCGGCAUCGCCUCAGACAAAGACCGCCAGCGAAGGAGAGCUCAGCACCACUGCUGCAGAGCUGCUGCAGGACUACAUGACUACUCUGCGGACAAAGCUGUCAUCACAGGAGAUCCAGCAGUUUGCAACCCUGCUCCAUGAAUAUCGCAACGGUUCCUCCAUCCACGAGUUCUGCAUCAACCUGCGGCAGCUCUAUGGGGACAGCAGGAAGUUCCUUCUACUAGGCCUGCGUCCCUUCAUCCCAGAGAAGGACAGCCAGCACUUUGAGAACUUCCUCGAGACCAUCGGCGUGAAGGACGGCCGAGGCAUCAUCACAGACAGCUUCGGACGCUACCGCCGCACGGCCAGCUCCGCCUCCGAUUCCACCACCAACGGCAACGGAGCGGCCGGAGGAAGCGUCACCUCGGACGAGGGCCAGGAGGCGUCCGAGGGGGACGAGUGGGACCGCAUGAUCACCGACAUCAGCAACGAUAUCGAAGCUCUGGGCUGCAGCAUGGACCAGGAGGGAGUCGCACCCUGACAGGAUGAACAAAGGGAAUUUUUUUCAGCGAGGGGGACUCAGCACGGCAGCCGAUUUAUGAAAUGGACAGAAGGUGUGAGCUACAGGGACCAGAUGAAGGUGGUCCUCGAUCCUGACCGAAGAUUUGAUAUAUUGUAUUUUCCUCUGAUUGUCAAGAGGACGUUCAUUCACCCUCCGAACUCCACAAACCUCACCAAGAAAACAUGAAGUCAACAAACGCACUUAUGCUUCGCUGUAGAGGACACGUGUCAGUUGGCUAUUUUUGCAUUCAGAGGGAUUCAUAGCCUCUGAUCUAUUUUUAAACUUCUUUGAUUUUUGUACUCUUUUUAUUGGCAGUAUCUGCCACUGCUGUCACCAAUGUAGCGACCAUCUCCAGAGUCUCUGACAGGCUGAUUUGAAAAACCUUGAAGGACUCUGGAGGGUCAAUCAGAGGACUGUUUUUAGAAGACUGAAGCUGUACUGGUUUUGUGCUUUUGUAUAACUUAAGGUCAAUCAGCUUCACCCACCAGGAGACCUUUCCACCAUGUAUUUCACGUGUGUGUGUGUGUGUGUGUGUGUUGCUGUGAGAGAGAAACAUUUUGCUUUAUAUAUUUUUUGUUUUACAAUAAGUUUUGUGUACCACUUUGUUUUUACACUAUCAUUUGUUACCAGUGUUUACUCAUUUAUAUAAGUUUUUGCAUUAUUCAAACUGACCAAGGAAAUGCUGUAAAAGAAGAAGAUCCUGUUCAGUUUGAGGGACUGAGUGGAGACUGUAUUUGACAAAGCCUUUUAGGUUCUGGCUGAUGUACACUUUGGAUUAGUUUUUCAUCUCCUGCAGGUCAAUGUGUUGUGUCUUGUGAUGUUACAUUCAUCUGUCGUCGUGCCUUUACUGCAGUACUGCUGCCAACUGUCUGCACAUAGACAGGAAAUGAAUGAACUGUAACUACAGUUGUGCAGAUUCACGGUUAUUAAAUAACAACUACCUUACA